GUUACAUAUUUCCAAAGACAAACAGCAUUUCGUCAUCUUCCAUUAAACCUUCUCCUCUCAUUAUCUCUCUCUCUCUCUCUCACUCACAUAUAGUAGUAGCCACCUUGCAAUCUGUAGCUAAGGAUAAUAGUUCACCCCACCUCACACCCAACCAAAGCUAAGCUUAACCUCCUUCAUUAGCUACCAUCCCAAAAAUUCCUCACUGCCAUGACUUGGCAACAAGUGUUAUUUUGAGUCCAAAAAUAAUAGAAAAUGGAUUCAGGGAGAGAGAGAGAGAGGCCUCAUCGCAGCACAAGUAGCAAUAGAAGCAGCACAAGUGAACUCUUUGUGUGCUUCACUUCCCGUUUGUCCUCUUCAUCCAUGAAGCUCUCUUCCAAGUCCAUUCUCAGCCCUAGCCGCAGCAGAGACCCUCCUCAGAUUUCCCUCUCUUCUUCCCUCAGCAGGAGGCUCAAGAGCAAUGGAAGCAUCAAGGGUGGCCAAGCCUCUCCCAUGUUCCCUACCGGUGGCAAGAGAAGAGGCUGUGGCUUUGAGAACCCUGAGCCUUCUUCCCCCAAAGUCACAUGCAUUGGCCAAGUAAGGGUGAAAACCAAGAAGCAAGGGAAGAAGAUGAGGGCAAGGUCAAAAAGGAGAGGAGAGGCUAGCUUUAGAAAGGUUGAACAAGUUGGUCCAAAUGGAAAUGGUAAUCUUAAUGCAAAUCCAGAUCUCACUAGACAAAACAGCCAAGGGGUGAACUUUCACCACCAAAACUGUUUGAAGCAUAGGAACCAAAGAUGGGUGCACCUUCCCUUGACUAUAUGUGAGGCUUUGAGGGAGUUCAGCUGCUUUUUUCCAUGCAGGUCUUCUUGCAUGUCAAGUGAGAAGGAAAAGGAGAAGGGUGGUAGUGGAGGACAUGAUGGUGGUGAUGGGAGAGAGGGUUCUUGUGGGGCUGCAUUUGGAAGGUGGCUGGUGGCUUUGCAAGAUGGGGAUGGCAAGGGGAGGGGGAUUGAGCUGGUGAUGGAAGAUGAGGUGGAGGGAGGAGAGACAGGUGAGAGGAGCCAUAGCCAGAGGAGGCAUGUGUUUGAGGACAUUGAUGUUGAUUUGGUAGUGGGAGAGGAGGAAGAGAAGAAGCACGAGGAGGUGGUGGGAGAGGAAGAGGAGAAAGGGAGAGUUAGCAUAUGUAUACCUCCAAAGAAUGCUCUUUUGUUGAUGAGGUGCAGAUCUGAUCCUGUCAAAAUGGCAGCUUUGGCUAACCGGUUUUGGGAAUCACCUGUUCACAAAGACAAAUGUCAAGAAGAAGAAGAAAAAGAAGAAGAGCAUGAUGAAGAGGACCAACAACAACAAGAAGGAGAAGAUGACCAAGAGCAACACAUCAAAAUGGAACAAGAACAAGAAGAACAACACCAACAAGUAGUAGUAGAAGAAGAACAACAAGUUGAAAGUGAAACCAAAGAAGAUAACAUUUGUGAAAGAGAAACAGUUGUGGCGAGUGAAGAAGAGGAGCAAGAAGACGGGAAAGAAAGGUAUGAAAUUGAAAGCAGAGAGAACCUAGAAAGCAAAGAGUUUUCUCAAGAGGAAGAAAAGGGUGAUGAAGAAAAAGAAGCAAAUGUGGAUGCCAUUGACGAAGGUGAAACCUUAACACUCCCCGAAGCUCAUUCAGAUCCAGAGAAGCAUAAAACCGAAGCAGAAGAGGUUAAUCUCCAAGAGGGUAAGGAAGAAGAAAGAGAAAACGACGAAAGCUCGGAACUUUCAUCCUCCCCAGAAAUCUUCACAGCUUCAGAACCAGAAAACGACGUAGCAGAACCCGAAACGGAAGCAGUAACGGCGGAAACUUCAGAAGGGUCAGCAGAGGAAGAACAAACUCAGAACCCAGACCCGACCCGAGACCCGGAUCCGGAGUCGAAGGAGCGAGAAAACGGGUCAAAACUUGAAGAGAGAAGAAAAGCUUUGCCGGAGUGCUUGUUGCUGAUGAUGUGCGAGCCGAAGCUGUCCAUGGAGGUGUCAAAGGAAACGUGGGUGUGCAGCACCGACUUCAUACGGUGGUUGCCGGAGAGACCCGCCGCCGCAGGCGGCGCCGGCGGCAAGAGGGUCGCGGGAGAGACACUUAACAAGCCGAAGGCGAAACCGAAACCCUCGCCGCCGAUGAUGCAGCCGCCGAGGUCGUCGUGCUCGUUCCCGGCGGCGGGCGGCGGCGGCGGAGUGUCGAUGGCGACGAUGAUCGAGCAGAAGCUGAUGGGGUCGAAAUCGGGUAAUGGGUACGAGCCGUUUGUGCUGACGCGCUGCAAGUCGGAGCCGAUGCGGUCAUCGGCUAAGCUCGCGCCGGAGGCUUGUUUCUGGAACAACAGGAAGCUCGAGCCGCACCCUCCGCCGGCUCAGCUCGGAGUCGGCGCGCCGGCUGGUGUUGGUUUUUGAUUUUUUUUUUCUUUCUCGAAAUCUCAAUUUUCUUCCUCUUUUUUUUUUUUUUUUUAAUUGACAGAAUAAUUAAUUGUUGUUAUUAUGUGUAGAUUAUUGCUGAACUUUGGGCAGGUUUGGUAAGUUAGGAUUGAGUAUACUAUUUUGCUGUUUUUAGAAUGUAAUCCUUUGUAUAAAUACUUUUAGUGAUGCUAUUUGUUUUGGGGUCCUUUACUCGUUUGUGAAUUUACAAUAAGAGUAUAAUUUUUAUGCA